AUGAAGGCACAGCAGCGCGACGGCGCGGGAGGAGGAGCCGCAGCGAACAGAGCAGCGCCAGGCGCCUGGGAGGAUCAGCAGCACCAGAGCAGCGCCAGCGGGGCGGUGAGAGGAGCAGCAGAAACAGAGCAGCGCCACGCGGAGAGAGAGCCGCAGAGCAUCGCCAGCGGGGAGGAGUCGGUCACAGCAGAGGGUGUGGCGCCGCGGGGAGGAUGGUCGCAGAGCCGCGCCAGGCGGUGUGUAGGAGCAGCAGAACAGAGCAGCCGCCAGCGGGGGAGUGAGGAGCAGCAGAGACAGAGCAGCUGCCAGCGGGGAGGAGGAGCAGCAGAGCAGCAGCUCGGCCGGGGAGAGGAACGGCCAGCGCACAGCAGCGCCGUCGAGGGAGGAGGAUACAGCAGCAAGCACGCCAGCGCGAUGAGUAGAGCAGCAGAGCGCAUCGCCAGCGGGGCGAGGAGUGAGCAGCAGCGACAGCAUCGCCAGCGGGAGGAGGACAGCAGGAAACAAGCAGGAGGCCGCCGCCAGGCGGGGAGGAGGCACGGCAGAACAGAGCAGCGCCAGCGGGCGUGGAGGAGCAGCAGCAGCAGCAGCCAAGCUCCAGCGGGAGGUAGGAGCAGCAGAGCAGCGCCGGCGGGAGGAAACGUCCGAGCAGAUCAGCGCCAGCGAGUGAUGCAGCAGAUCGCGCCAGGCGGGGUAGAGCGCGGGCCAGGAACAGCGCAUCUCCAGGCGGGGAUUAGUAGCAGCAGAGCACGCCGCCAGUCCUUGUUAUUAUUAGGGGUCAGCAUCACUCCAGCUGUUAGUUAG